UGCCGGGCGUUGCGGCGCAGUCAGUGGGCCCUUCAGUCUUUGAUCCGCAACUGUCGCGGUAGUGCGCGAGUAACCCUCGACGAGUUUUUACUAUUUUACCCUUUAACGAGAGAAGAUAGUGAUUAGAAGAAGUGUGACAAUCUAGAAGAGAAAAUAUAUUAGAUAGAUUGAAAUAGAUUAUAACAUAAAGAUAUAAACAAAUAGAAGAAUUAUCUUUCCUUUUUUUAUAUUAUUACAAAUAAAUAACGAGAUAUAUACUAUUAUUUAUUGUCCAUCAAGAUUGUUGUUGGAUGCUGAGUGAAAUACUGCUUUUGAUUACAUACUUUUUAUCUCGUUUCUAAAAAGAAAGGAUUGACGUAUAUUAUCAAGAGAUAAAUGAGAGUGAGUUACUUAACGAGAUAAUUCGUGACUUUGAAUUAUUCGACUAUAAAAUUAUUCGUUUAAAAAUACAAAAAAAAAUAAACCCUUUUUAAAAUUCUUCGUGGAUAACAACGAAGGAUACGAUUAAACGUGUUUUUAAAAAUUCAAACUAUCGAUCUUAUUGCUCUCGUUCGAUCGAUCUUAUCGAUAUUGUCUUUUAUAUAUUUGGAUCGUAUUUUGGUUACAAUACGUUAAAUCAUUUAUCGAUUUACAUACGUGAAAUUGUUCUCAAGAAUCAUCCUGAUUUACGACGAAGUGAUUGAUUUUGAUUGAUUGAUUGAUUGAUUGAUUGAUUGAUUGAUUGAUUGACAGUAAUCUCUGUGAGAGUGAAUCGAUAUAUAUCUAUCUAUAUAUAUAUAUCGAGUGCAUCGAAGUUUUGUUUCUUUCUUUUACUCUUCUUCUUAUUUUCUUUUUUUUAAAAUCAUCGACCAAAGUUCGUGGUUUAUCGUUAAUUUUGAAGAUAUCAAAUAAAGGAAUAUUAUAUCAAGAAAGACCAAUAAUAUUAUUGACAAUAUUUGAAAUAAUAAUAAGAAGAAGAAAAAUAAGACAUAAAGGAAAGAUUAAAAUGAAAUAAGAGGUAAACGAAGAGUUUAAGGUUCUCCAGUUUAAAGUUAUAGAGAAAAAAAGAAGCGUCCCUACGGAAGAAGGGCCAGUGCUCGCGGCAGGGAGUUGAACUUUCUCGCUCGGUGUUGACAGAUCGAUAGGAAAGUUUGCUUACGCGAAUUUCCGCGUCGUGUCCGUCGCCAUAUACACUCUGUGUACUUUCUCUCUCUCUCUCUUUCUCUCUCUCUCUCUCUCUCUCUUUCACUCUUUCACUCACUCACACAUUGUGUAUGAUACGAGUAUUUCUCACUUAUUUGCCUGAUAGUUUCGUCGUGUUAACGAGCAGCAAACACACGUUAAUAUCACUCGAAAAGAAAAUCGUUUGAGUUAUUCGUAAAAAGGACGAUUGACUGAUUAUCAUAAAAAUAAUAAUAAAAAAGAUAAGAAAAAAGUAGAAGUAGAAGUAGAAGAUCAAAGAGUUAAAUAAAGCAGCAACGACGGUGAUAGAUGCAAAUCAUAGUGAUAAAUCGAGUAAUCUGACGGCUUGUCGUCGUGGUGCAGGUCAUAGCAAAGGCAGCCUGUCGUUCUCUUUGCCAUCUCGCGAAUAUUUCGUAGAAUAUAGAAAUCGAAAGGAAGAUAAAAAACACAUAGACCCAGAAAAACUUCAUCAUCAACAACAACAACAACAACAACAUCAACAACAAUUAUUACGGAAAGAAAGAUUGAACGAAUUUAACAGGAGCGGCAUUUCAUCUUGCCCAAGAAGACUCGUUGAGGAAAGUUUAAAAAAGUGUGCAACGGUGAAGGGUAACGGUGGAUUUGGUGAUUACUCGGCAGCAGGUGAAUUCGAAGUCUGGGCCGAAGAACGGGUUGCGACGGAUGGUGUUGUUGGUGGUGGUGGUACCAGCAGUGCGUGUGGUGUUGUUGUAGGAGGAGGGGGAGGGGGUGGUGGAGGGGUGUCGUCGACUACGACUACGACGGCGAAACCGCCUUCGCGGCAGCAACGAUGCGAAGGCGGUUCUGCCCUGAGACCGUUGCUCCACGUAACAACACAUUGUGAGCUUCAUUCACCUCGCGAGGCCGAGCUCCUCAGGUUGGAUCACCUAGAGGCGCUCGAUCACAAGUCCUCGCUGGAACACGACGCAUAUUCGAUGAUGGAUAAUUUUCAUAGUCCUGUACCACCGCCUUUACCACGACGUCACGUCCGACUUCCACCACCGCAACAACAGGUGACAGUAGGUUCAUUGGGAGGUGGAUUAGGAAGUGGGCCAGGUAAUGGCGGUACAGGAACUGUCGCAGCACAAAAUCAAGCGAUGGUUAUGCCAGGCUUUCCCCUUAGAGCCGCGGCUGUACCCCAUUACUCACCUUAUUCGCCAUCGCGUUUUCACAUCGACAAACGUUGCCAACACAGAUGCUCUUGGAAAUGUUUUUCAAUCGCCUUGAUAUUACUCGCCGUAGCAUUAACUGCUAUGCUCGCAUAUUUUGCUGCAGUGAGCUCUAUGAGACCGAUAGACAAUAACAAUUGCGUAGUGGUUCAAGAUAUCAAGGCUGUGACUCAUGAAAACGCUCACGUUCACGAUCCUAUAUCAACGCAGAUACCAACGGAAGAAUCAUUACCCACCAGUACUGCUGAACACUCUAGUGCGGCGGACAGUGUCGGUGAACAACAAAGCGAUCCACAAAUUCAACAAUCAGCCCAACAAUGGCCAGCAGUACUCGAGCUUCAAGCUUACAACGUAGCCCAUUCGGCCGUAAUACCGCCAUAUUACUUUUGGAAUACCGAAUUUCGUAACAAACAGCCAGCAUUCAUCAGGUUAAACCUAACGUUACCCUGGGGUGCAAACUUUGCCGUUUAUGGUAGAAGAAACGUGGCACCUAGUGUCACGCAAUACGAUUUCGUUGAGUUUGUAAAAGGUGGACGUGUUGAUCAUAGACUUAAAAGGGAUGCAACGUCCGAAGCUGUUAGCUUUAUGAAACAAGCAACCCAAGAUUUUGGUAUCGAACCUAAUCGAUCUAGAUCCCGUGAGACCGGACCUAAAUCUAUUAAGUCUUAUCAACAUAUACUUGUCAAAAGAACCAUCGUAGAACCGAUGAUGGUCAACGUUAGUCUUCUUCAAUAUUUGGACACUGGCCGUUGGUUCUUAUCAGUUUAUAACGAUGAACUUCAACCGUACAAGGUAACGCUGGUCGUCACCGAAGCUGAAGGUGUAUCAACUACUUGUGCUAACGAUUGUUCCGGUAGAGGAUCCUGUUAUCUUGGUAAAUGUGAUUGCAUCGAUGGUUAUCAGGGUGCCGACUGUAGCAAAAGCGUGUGUCCUGUUUUGUGUUCGUCUCACGGCCAGUACGGCGGUGGCAUGUGUCACUGUGAGGAUGGCUGGAAAGGUGCCGAAUGCGACAUACCGUUAGGAGAUUGCCAAGUUCCUGAUUGCAAUCAGCAUGGACAGUGCGUUAGAGGAUCGUGCGUUUGUAAUUCUGGCUGGAAGGGUGCCUUCUGUAACGAACCCGAUUGUCCGGAUCCAAACUGCAGCGGUCAUGGCGCCUGCGUGUCCGGCAAAUGUUACUGCAAGGCAGGAUGGCAGGGUGAACGAUGCAAUCAGGUCGAUCAGCAGGUGUAUCAGUGUCUACCGGGUUGUUCGGACCAUGGCACGUACGACCUAGAGUCUGCUGCGUGCAUCUGCGAGGAACAUUGGACUGGGGUCGAUUGUUCACAGUCCAGUUGCGGCCUCAACUGUGGUUCUCAUGGAUCCUGCGAACAGGGUCGUUGCAAAUGUCACGACGAUUGGACGGGAACAAAAUGCGAUCAGAAACCAUGUGAUCCACGUUGCGCAGAACAUGGUCAAUGUAAAAAUGGUACUUGCGUGUGUAGUCAAGGAUGGAACGGAAGACAUUGUACUUUACCCGGAUGCGAGAAUGGUUGCAGUAGACACGGAUUGUGCACAUUGCAAGAUGGCGAGUACAGUUGCGAAUGUUCCAUUGGUUGGGCCGGUAGAGACUGUAGUAUACGACUCGAAAUGGAAUGCAACGAUAUGAUCGACAAUGAUGGGGAUGGCAUGAUGGAUUGUUCCGAUAGCGAAUGUUGCUCACACGCAACUUGUGCCGAUCACAUUAUGUGUCUUGCAAGUAAAAAUCCUGUUGACGUGCUAUUAAGAAAACAACCACCUAGUGUAACUGCAUCGUUUUAUCAACGAGUCAAGUUCCUCGUCGAGGAGAAUAGCGUUCAGAGUUACGCACACAUGGACGAAUACACGGAAAGUACGUUCUGGAGUUCCUUUACACCGCGUCGUGUUGCGGUGAUGAGAGGACAAGUUGUAACCGAGCAAGGACUUGGAAUAGUAGGCAUCAGAGUCUCCGUCGACAGGGACUCAAGAUUUGGAUUCACAUUGACUAGAGCUGACGGAUGGUUCGACGUUUUGGUUAAUGGUGGAGGAGCCGUGACAUUGCAAUUUCAACGUAGCCCAUUCAAACCUCUUACGAGGACUGUGUUCGUGCCAUGGAAUCAGAUAGUUGUUUUACCACCCGUAGUGAUGACCCUUAGCAACGAAGGAGAACCUUAUAAAUCUAAUCAACCACCUAGUCCAGCAGUUGGCUUCCCAGGGAUUUCCAUGGGGCUCUUUAGCGAGCACGGACCAUGCUUGGAACACGAUCACGAGACUCUGCGUCCAAUCAUCGUUAGCACAUGGAUGCCAGAAAAAGUGGGUGGUUUGCCAGGGAAAAGUCUGGUAUUCGCUGAGAGCCAAAUUGUCCAAGAAAGUAUCGCAAUACCUGGAUCUAAUCUUCAUUUGAUGUAUCAAAGUAGUCAAGCUGCUGGAUACUUAUCAACUGUUAGAAUGCAAUUGACUGGACCAUUUAUUCCCAAAUCGUUAACUCACGUACACGUUCACGUUGAAAUCGAGGGUUCGCUUCAUACAAAAACAUACGAGGCCGACCCCAAUUUGACUCACAUUUUCGCUUGGAACAAGAGAAAUGUCUAUAAACAAAAAGUAUAUGGAGUUGCACAAGCAAGAAUUUCAAUCGGUUAUCAACAUUCUACUUGCCUCUCGGUUAUAUGGGAAACACAAACUGCAAUUCUGCAAGGAUUUGAUGUAGACAUUUCCGAUAUUGGUGGUUGGGGACUUGACAUCCAUCAUCAUUACAACUUCCACGAAGGAAUCCUUCAAAAAGGAGAUGGAUCAACGUUACACUUCAAACAAUAUCCUCGUACUGUCAAAGUUGUAAUGGGUACUGGUCUUCAAAGAAAUUUGGUCUGUAAAAACUGCGAUGGUUUGGCAAAAGAUGCUAAACUUUUAACACCGGUAGCACUUACCAGUGGCCCAGAUGGUAGCAUCUACGUAGGUGACUUUAAUCUCGUUCGUAGAAUUACACCUGAAGGAAACGUUUAUACCGUAUUAAUUUUGAGUGCAACUCAAGUAGCCUAUCAAUACUAUCUAUGUAUAUCCCCUGCCGAUGGACAUCUGUACAUCAGUGAUCCUGAAAAACAUCAGAUAUUAAAAGCACUUUCGUUGGAACAAGUUAACGAUCCUAGUAUAAACAUAGAACCAGUUGUUGGUAGCGGUGAAAGAUGUAUUCCAGGUGACGAGGGUCAUUGCGGAGAUGAGGGUCCAGCUAUACGAGCCAAAUUGGCACACCCUAAAGGUAUCGCCAUUGCUGCCGAUAAAACCAUGUAUAUAGCCGAUGGGACAAAUAUACGUGCAGUAGAUCCACAUGGUAUUAUACAUACACUGGUUGGACAUCAUGGUCAUCACAAUCAUUGGUCACCAGCACCAUGCGUAGGUGCUAUACCUGCACAUCAAGCUCAACUCCAAUGGCCGACAGGAUUGACGCUAAGUCCACUUGACGGAUCACUACAUUUCAUCGACGACAGGCUUGUACUGAAACUAACCAGUGAUCUAAAAGUACGCGUAGUAGCUGGUACACCACUUCAUUGUACCAGCAAUGCCAAUAACAACGGCAAUGUCAAUAUCAGCGAACUCAACAAAUUAAAUUCAACCUUAUCAACGAAUAUUAAGAAAUCUGAUGACGUUUUGGGUUCAGUUUUAGCUGUUGGUUUUAGUCCAACCGGUGAACUUUACAUAGCCGAUAGCGAUUCUCAUCGAGUUAAUUCAAUUAGGAUAGUUGAUUCGUCCGGAAAAAUGUCACAUUUUGCUGGACAACAACAGGAACGAUUACGUGGUCAAUGCGAAUGUAAUAAUACGACACCUAGUACGAAAGAUUUGGAUUCGUGUACCUGUACAGAUGAUACCAGUAGUACUGAAACACUUUUAUCAUCUAAUGCAAAGUUCACUGCAAUAUCAGCCUUAGCUGUGUCACCCGAUGGUGUUGUUCAUGUUGCCGAUCAAGGAAGUUUACAUAUUUUAGCGUUACAACCAUAUCUUCCAAACCAUGAUGAAAGCGGCGAGUUCCUUAUUCCUUUUCCACCGUCUAAUGAAGUUUAUGUGUUCAAUCGUUACGGUCAACACAUAUCUACGAGGGAUUUAACAUCCGGAAAAACUCGGUAUUCGUUCCUAUACAGUAAAAAUACUAGUUUUGGCAAAUUAUCAACUGUAACUGACAGUGCAGGAAACAAAAUACAAUUUUUACGAGAUUACAGUAGCGUUGUUAGUACAAUCGAAAAUACUCAAGAUCAUAAAUCUGAAUUGAAAAUAUCUGCCGUUGGUUUUCUUGAAAAAUUAUCCGAAAGAGGUAGAGCAGAAAUUGCAUUAGGAUAUGAUGGUUCUACUGGUCUACUAACGAGUCGCUCAGGGGGAGAUGAAACUUAUAUAUACAAUUACGACAGUUUGGGAAGAGUUACCGAUGUCAUUUUACCAAGUGGAGAAAAAUUAAAAUUAUCUUCCGAUCUUUCUAAUGACGAAGGUCUUUCCGUACAAGUAUCAGCUCCUCUUCAAGCAUUGUCAAAAGGGGAUAAACAAAGAUUUGUUGAAUUUGAAAUGAAAAAUGAAAGAUCUAAAAUGCUUACUAUCACCGAUGGUACAAAAAUAAUGAAAGCAACCGCAUUUACUAACAGUAGUUUGUCAUUGUGUCUUCCUAGUGGUGGAAGAGUAUUAAGUGCAGCAACAACAAAAAAUCCUUUACUCGAAGUUUCCUUACCGGUAGAAGCAGAAAUGUUACCAAUGUGGAGUUACCAAGUAAUGUCUCUCGGUGAACUAACAAACACAAUGACCACCACUUAUAAUCUUGUCGGGGACGUAAGCCACUUCCAACAGACACUUAACAGAGAAAUUUGGGUAAACGAUACCAGAGUAAUAGCUGUUGAAUUUGAACAAGCAUUCAGACGUGAAACUUUCUACGACAAAACUAGAACACCGCUAUUAACGGUGACCUUUGAUCCAGCCGGAUUACCGUUACUUUGGCAACCGCACGAACAAGGACACAACCUUAGUAUCACUUACGAUAGAUUUAAUCGUAUAGAAAGUUGGCAGUGGGGUGCUUCAGACGAAUCUUAUGGUUACGAUAGGCACGGUCAAUUGGCAGAAGUGACCAAUAGUCAAGAUGGUACUAAACGAUACACCUAUAACGACUUCAACAUGCUUUCCAAGAUCACUUUACCAAGUAACAGACACUUUUCAUUGGAGUAUGAUGAUGAUGGUGGUUUGAGGCAUAUUAUACUUCCAUCGGGUACUAAACAUUCUUUCUCUUGUCAAGCCUCUUUAGGUUUUCUUAGAGUAACCUAUACACCACCAGGAAGUACAAGAGCAUAUCUUCAACAUUAUAGUCACGACGGUAAUCUUUUACAAACUGUGUUUCCUGGUGAUGGUGCACGUAUCGUCUAUAGGUAUCAUACGUCCGGACAAUUGGCCGAAGUUGUACACGGUGAUGGUAAAAGUGAGAUAAGAUAUACCGAAAGUGGUUUACCAUCAGAAGUAAUACAUUCCGAAAGAGACGUAGAAUAUAAAUGGGAUUAUCAAUACAAUGCUGGUCUUCUUGUCGAAGAACGUAUAGAUUUUGGUGCUAAAACUGGAUUGAGCAAUGCCAAAUUUACUUUCGACUAUGAUUCCAAUUUUAGAUUGAUAGCUGUACAGGGUAGAAUAGGUGGUCAAACUUUACCAUCUCAUACCAUGGCUUACAAUUCUAGAACCGGUUUGUUGGAACAAAUAGGACAAUUUAAAAUAACGAAACCACAAAUAAACGAGACUACGGUGUUCGAUGGGACAGCACUUUUUUCACGAAUCACCGACGACAGAUUUCACGAAACUCAAGUGACCCUAACUAUUCACAGUUUGGAAGUAUUCAGAAUGGAAUUUACCCAUGAUUCUCGUGGACGUAUUAAUCAAACAAGAACUUAUACUCGUAACGUUGCUGUUAACACUUAUACCAAUGUAAAAAAUUAUACCUGGGAUUGUGAUGGACAAUUAACUGGUGUGGAAGCACAAGAACCAUGGGGUUUCGAAUACGAUGCAAAUGGAAAUAUGUUAUCACUCAGAUAUCGUGGUAAUACUAUACCCAUGGAAUACAAUACCAUGGAUAGAAUCAUUAAAUUUGGCGAGGGUUUAUACAAAUAUGACAAUAGAGGUCUUGUCGUUCAAAAUGCCAGAGAAGAAAGAUUUAAUUAUAACGCUAAAGGUUUAUUGGUUCGUGCAACCAAACGUGGUCGUUUCGACGUACGCUAUUAUUACGACCAUCUUGAUCGUUUGGCAACGAGAAAGGAUAAUUAUGGAAACGUUACACAAUUCUUUUAUAAUAAUCAAAAACGUCCACACGAAGUUAGCCAAAUAUAUAGUCCCCGUGAUGGAAAAUUAAUGUCAUUGGUUUACGAUGACAGAGGACAUCUGAUUUAUGCACAAGUUUAUCGACAUAAAUAUUACAUUGCUACCGAUCAAUGUGGCACCCCUAUAAUGAUUUUCAAUCAAUAUGGCGAAGGUAUAAGAGAAAUCAUGAGAUCCCCAUACGGACACAUUGUAUAUGAUUCCAAUCCUUAUUUAUACUUACCCGUUGACUUUUGUGGCGGUUUGUUAGAUCAGGUAACGUCGUUGGUUCACAUGCCAAAUGGGAAGGUUUAUGAUCCUUUGAUAGGUCAAUGGAUGUCUCCACUUUGGGAAAAUGUCGUAGACAGGAUAGACAAGCCAACCCAUUUACAUCUUUACAGAUUUAAUGGAAACGAUCCGAUCGAUAUCAGGCAUACGGAUAGACCAAAUCAACCCACAGAUCACAUAUCAUGGUUCACACAUUUGGGAUACGACUUAAAGAGUUUAGCACCCCAAUUAUUCCCCGACGAGCUUCCGGGUAGUUUGGUACCACCAGCACUUGGUCCAGGUACUUCGAUAUUUGGGAAAAAGAAAAGAACGAGAAAUCUUGGUGUCCAAUCCGGCUUUUUAGCUCACAUUGCUCAAAGACAUUCCGGUGAUGCUAUGAGCCUUUCGGCACCACCCAGAUCAGCACUGAAAAAAGACACUAACGAAUUGUUCCCAAGUCGUUUGGGUGCUGCAUCAGAUCCACCGUUUGGUAAAGGAAUCCUUGUUUCAAGAACAGCCGAUGGACAGGCUGUAGUUUCGAGUGUACCAACGGCCAAUGCAAUUUAUGGUGACGUUUUUACCUCGGUAUUCAAUCGUUCGUAUUUCUUAUCGUUCACGUUCGUCGUACACAGUGCACAACAGGAUGCAUUUUAUUUCGUCAAAGAAGAAACAUGGAGAGCUAACGAGGAUCGUGGCCAAUUGAAACGUUUAGGUGGUCAAGUUAAUACGUCGGUUCACGAGAAUGACAGCAGCGGUUCGUUGAUAGAUGUUAAAAUACAUGGAACAAGUUAUGUCGUCAAUUUGAGAUACGGUACUACCGCGGAAAAGGAAAAACAACGAUUACUUCAUCAUGCAAAAGCAACUGCAAUUCGUAAAGCUUGGCACAGAGAACGAGAAGCAUUGAAAGCCAAUACACCGACAACGAACGAAUGGAUGGUUACUGAACAAGACGAAAUAUUGAAGGCUGGUUCUGCAUCCAAUUACGAAGGGGAAUACAUACACGAUGCACAAAUUUAUCCCGAAUUGGCCGAGGAUCCUUAUAACAUUAGAUUCGUCAAAAAAACCGUCGAAACUUCGAGCAAGAAACGACGUAGAAGGAGAGGUGCACCAUCUUGCAAGCUAUGGUGGUUGGAUAAAUUUUGCUAGAUCCUAUAUAAAUUCGACGUAAAACAAAAAAUUAUAUGCUAUGGCACUCCUUUCACUGCCCUUCUUUUUAAUCGGUUCAUUAUAUUGUCCAAUAAGAUCGAUUGCUAAUAUACGAGUUUCUAUCUAUCUCUCUAUCUCUCUCUCUUUCUAUCUUUUGUCUAAAAAAAAAAAAAA